CAUCCCAGCAGAAUCAAAGAGACAAUCAGGUUGAACCAUGGCUUGGAUUACACGAUUCUUAGCUGCGGUGGCUUUCUUAGCCGUCGGAGUGAUUUUCUCGCCGGAGACCUUCGGGUCCAACGGCGAUGGCUCGCUGAAGCUGUCGACCUACUUGAAGCUUGCUCAUCUCCUUAGCUUCUCCACGGCUUGGGGAGCUGCUCUCUGGGUCACCUUCAUUGCCACCACCAUCAUGUUCAAGAAUUUACCAAGGCAUCGGUUUGGAAAUCUGCAAAGCAAGAUGUUUCCAGCCUAUUUCACUAUGUUAGGAAUCUGUUGUUCCAUUUCUAUGGCGUCAUUUGGUUUUCUGCACCCAUGGAAGUCUUCGUAUACAGCUGAAAAGUACCAACUUAGGUUUCUAGCCUCGGCCCUCGCCUUUAAUCUCGCCAAUUUGCUUGUCUUUACACCUAUGACGAUUGAGAUGAUGAAGCAAAAGCACAAGGUGGAGAGAGAAGAGAACAUUGGAGAGGAAAUUGGGUGGUCAAAGGUUAGGGAAGUUGUGAAGGCGAAUCCAAAGCUUGCAGCCAUAAACAAGAAGUUUGGAAUGAUCCAUGGCUUAUCUUCUCUUGCUAAUAUCAUGGCCUUUGGCAGUCUUGCAAUGCACUCAUGGUACUUAGCAGGUAAACUCAAUCUGUAAUUGGA